AUUAAAUGGUAUCACACGUUAUUACUAUCAAAUUGACGAAAAACUGGAAGACCGCUCUGGGAAUUCUGGCAACUGGUGGAGUGGUAAUAGGAUUUUCUUACUGGUUAUGGAUUCGGUGGACAGCCUCUGGAGACCAACCCUCCGUAACAGCCUCUUAUUCGUUAAAUGAGCCAACUGCUGAUAUAAACACUUUUCCUCGGGUGCACAGAACACUCAGACAGCAACUUACCGGGUCUGGAAGCUCACGGACUUCCGUGACAGGCAGACUGUCGUCGGUUUUCCGUCAGAAACCUCCAGCAACCGCUGCGUUAACCCAUGAUUCGGAUGCUGAUGAUGAUGGUUCUUCAUCCAAUCUGGACUGGGGCCGGCUUGGAUUACGUGCGCUUGCUGCGGUUGUUGAGCACUUGGAAACACUAAUGUCUAGGAUACGUGUGUACGAGGAACGGGGUCAAAUGCAGAUGUCUGAUAACUCGGGUCAGUUGAUUUCUGAAUUGAGACUGCUUCUGGAGCAGGCAUAUCAAUUACGGGAACAGUAUAGGCGCAAGCUCAUCCUACAGGAUCAGGACUACACGACUGAAGCUGCUGACAGCGAAUUUUCUACAGAUGAUGAUACUUGUUCCUAUUUUUCCGCCCUUGAACAAAUUGAUUUGAGCGAGCUGGAGAUUGAGAUAUCGCGUAAUCUUCUCCGACCCAUCUACCGUGAUGCCCUCGAGCUGUUGGAUAAGAGUGAGAUACCUUACAGGUCCCUCCGAACUCAACUUGUUGGUUGUGAGCGAGAUUUCGAAUACCUGGCGAAACUACACUGCCUUCGACAGGCAUUCGACUACAUUUUCCAGCAACCUGAGCCAACGGACUGGUUAUGUUCUGUUGGAAAGCUCACAGGUUUACGUCUGCUCCAUUGUUUGGGCUAUCCCACAUCGGAUUUUGAGGAGGCCUACGAGCGAUUGGUCAGUUUUGUCAACACUCAGCGACGCGAGCUGAAACCAACCAUGAGCGAAGAACUUUUUGCAAAGGGCGUGAAAGUAGUCAAUUUCUACGAUGUUGUGAUCGACCUUAUGUUACUUGAAGCACUUGAGUUGCUCGCAGAUCCUCCGGCCUCUGUACUCUCGGUGACGAGACAUCGCUGGCUGAGUGAUAAUUUCAAAAAGGUAGCCCUGGAUUCGACCAUUUGGACUAUAUUGUUAGCGAAACGAAAAUUGUUGAAGUACACUGAUGGUUUCUAUGCGCACUACUACACAUUAGUUGGUACGAUCACACCGGCACUUGCUUGGGGAUUUCUUGGACCGGAUGAAGGCGCUUUGCGUUUGUGUAAUCGCUUCCGGGAUGCCAUUAAUGCUUUUUUGCAGGAGGCUUUUACGUGUUCGGACGAAUACGGUGCAGAGCGUGCGAGACGUGAUGUAACACCAACGGACACUAUGCACGAGACACUCCAGGACACUUUGAAUGGAUAUUCGUAUUCAGUUGAUGGGCUUAUAGAAGAGCAAACUGAACCUGGUCAAUUGGAUGAAGUUGUGUAUGAAGACACGGAUGAUGCGGAUGAUCAAAGUACUGUCAUUGAUCAAGCUCCACUCAUUUCUGACGUGGUAAAUCACGCAUCAACACCUUCUAAGUCCACCCGCACCGGUCUCCGUUAUACUACCGUUUCUGAGCUAGCGGACGAUCUUUUUAGUCUGUUCGUCAAUUACAUAAAUGGGCUAACCAGGAUGUUUCGAGAAGAGGCCCGAAUCGCGAAAAAGCCUCUACCAGAUGAGUAUUUAGCUAAUCCUGCUCCGCCGCCCCUUCGCAUUCUCUAA